CAUGCUCGACCUUCGCCUUCUUCCAUUGGAGCUCGACACCGGCCCUGGAACAAGGAAGUCAUCAACGCUGUGCUCCUUGCUGCUGCUCGUCAUCGCAACAUUCCUUGUGCUUGAAGUACCCGGACAGUCCAACAAUGACGGAAGCGUCGGAGUCGCCAAUCACAAAUUGAUUGGCAAGGAAGUUACGCUCGUCGACUACACCAUAGAAGCUAACGAGACAAACUUCAACUCCGACAAGUACAGGAAGCGCUUCCCGAGUGCCUGUGAUGUUAAGAUCGACAGCAAAACCAUUGAGCUUCAGUACAACAGCAUCACUGGAUGCACAGUGGACCUGCUCGUCAAGAACGAAGACUACAACAGCAAAAUCAAGUUAAACGCUGGAGUGAGGAACAAAAAAGGAGGGCUCGAAACAUGCCUUGAUGCUGGUUCCAGUGUCCAGAAUAGUUUUAAAAAUGUUAUGCCGUUCGUCUACAGUAAAAACAACAAGGUCAUCGAGAAGCUCAAACAAGGUCCAGUUGACAAUAAAAGUGCACAGUGCAAAGACGGAGGAGUAACGUGUAGAAGCAGAAGUGGAAAAUGCAUGCCGUGGACAACUCUCGAAAUCUCAUGGAGUAGUGAAGGGAAAGCUGCCUAUGCUUACACCCGUUUAGUUGGCGAAGUUGAACCUGGCAUAAGAGUACGUCUUGAAAAAGACGAAAUGACCUGCGACAUGGAGAUAUUGAGUGGGGGUGUCUUCACGGUGAAUUUGAGACAGAGGAUAUUCAAUUCUUCUGUAGAGGAUAUUUUCUGCGUUCCAGAGAAGAAACCAUUCGUUGAACCAGAAACAUGGACCAUCACAAAUGGGGAUCUGAAAGAUGAACGUCUACUUGUCUUUAGUCUGCUUCCAUUGAGUGCGUCUGUUGUGCAUGAUGGUAGCAAACUCGCCGGUAAACCAUCAGGGCCAAAGUGUGAUCUCUUCGUUCAAUUUGACAGAGAGUACUACGAGCUGCUGUUUGUCUCUCUUCCACCUCCGCCACCGACAACAACGACAACUACAUCGACUCCGAAAAUUACUUCAACAGAACCAGAAACACCUGAAACUUCAACUUGUGCUCCUUGCCCAUCGACGACUCCACCGACUACAACAACUGCGCCCAAAAACAUCACAUCGACAAAGUGUCCAGUGGAAAGCAAGUACCCGAAGGAAUCCAAAGGAUGGCUGUUUUAUCUGAUUGUUGCCGCUAUUAUUGUAGGCUUAAUCAUCAUCGGAAUUUUGGCUUGGUUCACACGGUCCUGGAUGAAGGUGAAUUCUGCGAAGCUGAAGGAGAUUAAACGAGAACGAAAAGAAGAAGAAGAUGUGUAUGCUCUGUACAAAACUGAAGCAAAACUCAUAGAGAACAUCAAGCCAUUUGAGGAAUGGAAGGAAGAUAAAAAGCUGGAAGAUCAGAAGGCAGGGCUUUGUUCGGUUCCGACAGAAACAUUGGUUGGUACACUGUGGAAGAGAAUAGAGAAGGAAAACGCCAAAGACAAAAUGCAAUUCCUUGUAGACCAGUUCGAUAAGCAGAAGGACUUGGAGCUCAAUGAUCGCGAAUAUGCUCUGGAAUUGGCUGAAAAGGGAUAUGAUGUCGUUGGGAGUUUCAAGGAUUGGAAAACGGAAAGGAACAUCAAUCCGUUCGAAGUGAUCGAUGGGACAUCAACUGGGGUUGAAUAUGGAGAGUCACAGAUCGUCGAUAAGCCAUUGCUUCCCGGGGCCAGCAUUGAUGAUAAGAGGCGAUAUUAG